AUGAACAGCAAUCAACAAUUAAUGAGUCCAGUCUCUUCUGCUGGAUCUGUGAGCUCUUCAAGAGAAUCCGGAUCUUCUAGUCCUAAUCCUUUCGAUCAUUUGUCGGACGAAGAGCUGGCUCACAUUACGGUUAGGCAACUCAACCAAAAACUUAUGGGUCAAGAUAGAAAUGUGGUGCUGCAGUGGAAACAAAAACGACGAACACUCAAAAACCGAGGAUACGCUCUGAAUUGCCGCGCAAGAAGAGUUCAGAAUCAAAUGCAAUUGGAAACUGAUAACUUGAUGCUCCGGAAUCAGAUAAAAGUCCUCCGAGAAUCUCUGAAUGAAGCUCAUAUGCGAUUACAUUACUAUGAGCCAGUGUUCUAUCAAAACUAUCAAGUGGUUGUUCCUAAUUCGGAACCUCCUUCUACUACAACAGCACCUUCUGCUUCAGUUUCAGUGGUCACUCAUCAAAUUCCAACCGAUUCAACAACAGUCACCACAGUUAAAUUUGAAUCAGAAUACAAAAAUACCUUCUGA